CUAAUUGAAACCUUGGUCUGUGCGCUGGUGCAGAAAUGAGAAAAAUACAUGCUUUUCAGUCAUGUAGCAAAAGUUUUAUUGCCCGCACAUCAAGUGCAUCACGCUCUCUCGCUAGCCAAAAGUUUCUGGCCUCCGCGGCUUUCAGUAGACCGUACACCGUGUCUUCUGCGCGUCGAGAUUUUACUUCCUUCUUUUGCCACAAUCAACAGUGGUCUGCUCGUAGUGAUGGGCUAAAGGCUUCCGAUAUAAUUCGCGUUCGAGGCAUUGCACAUGCAGUUGCAGAACCAGAUACAGUUCAUGUCGCCCCCGCAGGCUUCAAAGAAGUCGAAGUACUCACCCCGAGACGCCUAUUAAAGAUCUACGCGCAGCUUGCCAAGUCACGCCUGACCAUCCUGGUUGUCUUGACCGCAAUGUCAGGGGUCGCUCUCUCACCACUUCCUGCAACGGUCCCGAUUCUGCUCUCCACAGCUGUCGGUACGGCUCUAUGUUCGGCUUCGGCGAAUACUUUGAAUCAACUCCAAGAGAUACCUUAUGAUGCUCAAAUGGCUCGCACCCGCCAAAGGCCGUUGGUUCGAAGAGCCAUUUCCCCUUUGCAUGCUGCAGGGUUUGCCGCUGUGACAGGAGUAGCAGGUCCUGCAGUACUAUGGUUCAUGGCGAGCCCAAUUACAGCUUGUCUUGGCGUAGCCAACAUUGUACUUUAUGCAGCGGCAUACACUUGGAUGAAACGUAAAAGCGUAUCCAACACCUGGGUGGGCGCAGUCGUUGGUGGAAUCCCGCCGGUUAUGGGUUGGACAGCCUGUGGUGGAAAAAUACUCCCAUCUGCAGAUUACCCGAUUCACAUUUUCCUUCCUUCAUUCCUCACAGAGACACCACUAGACAUGUCCAUGAUCGAUAACCCCUUUGGCGCGUUCGCACUAUUCAUGCUUCUCUACAGUUGGCAAUUCCCUCACUUCAACUCGUUAUCGCAUUUUAUUCGAGGUUCCUACGCUCAAGCAGGCUACAAGAUGCUAUGCGUGCUGGACCCACAAAAAAAUGCCCUCGUGGCUCUCCGCCACUCUUUAAUCCUUGUCCCUAUUUGUUCUAUAUUGUUCCCACUGUCAGGAUUGACUACGUGGGCCUUUGCUAUCACAAGCUUAGUUCCGAACGCAAUUUGCGUUCGUGGUUCUUGGGUCUGGUGGCGCCGUUGUGGAGAAAAGGAAGCAAGGGUAUCGUUCCAAAAUUACCUGUGGUAUCUGCCGGUGAUGCUGGCUCUGAUGAUGGUUCACAAGCAAGGGCUAGAAUGGAGACGUUGGGUAGGAAUGCAAGACGAGGUGCCGUCGGACGGAGCAGAUAUACCAAAGCCAUAAGCAUAGACUGUCCAAUUAAUCUUGAUAUAUUAU